AGAAAUGACAAGAUUGUGCAUAUAUGAUACUUCCAUUGAUUUGCCUCGUUGUUAAUCUUAUUAUUGCUCUUUACAACGAUUUAGGUUGUGGAAAUUGACAAUGUUUGGAUUUUUUAUAUUUUGACUAUCAUAAGUGAGUGCGUGACUUUUUGACGACUUUUAAAAUGAUUAGAAUAAGGAUGCUACUACUUAUUUGCAUAAAUUUUCAAAGUUCUCUAUUAUCUGAUGAGCAUACCAACUUAGAUGAGUGCGUGGAUAAGGGCACGAAGAGCUGUGGCUGUCAUGGGAACUCUCGAAGGCCAGAAUCAAACUCAUACAACAGCCAUGGAAAACUCAAGUGGACAGAAUUUCAGACGCCAACAGAUGCCACCACUCUGAAAUUUAAUUCAAUGGUUCAUUUGCCAGGUGGUGAAUUUCAUAUGGGGACAAAUAAUCCAAAAACAAUAUCUGAUGGUGAAGCACCCGCAAGGAAAGUAAAACUUAAUGCUUUUUAUAUGGAUCAAUACGAAGUUAGUAAUCAUGAUUUUGGCAUUUUUGUCGAUGGAACUAGUUAUGUUACUGAGGCGGAAGUGUUUGGUAAUUCGUUUGUUCUUGAAAGCAAACUUAAUGAAGAUGUGAAGAAAAACAUCACUCAAGCUGUUGCUGGUUCUCCUUGGUGGCUUCCAGUUGUUGGAGCUACCUGGAAACACCCAGAAGGUCCAGGCUCAACAAUAAAAUCAAGGCUAGACCACCCAGUUUUACAUGUAUCAUGGAAAGAUGCAUUGACAUACUGCAAAUGGCUUGGUAAACGGCUUCCUACCGAAGCAGAAUGGGAGUAUGCCUGUCGUGGUGGUUUGCAUAAGAAGAUGUUUCCUUGGGGAAAUAUUUUCAAAGUCGAAGGAAAACAUCGUUGUAAUACGUGGCAAGGAGAGUUCCCCGUUCAAGACACGGCGGAAGACGGAUACGCGGGAACAGCACCUGUGUGGAAAUUCAAACAAAAUGACUAUAAUCUUCAUAACAUGGUGGGCAACGUUUGGGAAUGGACUUCUGACUGGUGGGACAUUCGUCAUUCAUCAGAAACUAAGGAAAAUCCCAUUGGUCCAAGCGAUGGUGUUGAUAGAGUAAAGAAAGGAGGUUCUUACAUGUGUCAUAAGUCGUUUUGCUACCGAUACAGAUGUGCUGCUCGGAGUAAGAAUACGCCAGAUAGCUCAGCGUCGAAUUUGGGAUUUCGCUGUGCUAAGGAUGUAGCGUGAGAUGCAUAUUUCAUGAAACCAUCGUGUUCUAUCAUAUGUCAUUCUACAUCUGGUCCAUGGUCAUGGCAUGGUUACAUGUUUACACCUUAAGCGUUAAAACAAUUAAAGGUUAAGCCUACAUUUAAGUGAAAGUAUAUCUUAUUUAGUUGAAAUUUACUUAGCUAACUACAAGAGGCAUUUUGAACCGUUUUUUUGUAUACAUCGCAUACUGUGAUUAACUCGAGGAAGACUUAAAUGUGCCAUACAGAUGAUUUCCAUUGAUCAAAUCAUCCAAGAGAAACCAAAAGACUCAUUUGUGCCGACGUAUUAUAAUAUGAAUAAAAAACGAAUUACUCCAAUUCCUACUUACUCCAAUAAUAUAUAUUUAAUUCAAAUCUGGUGCAAGUGAAAAGUGGAUUCGAUGCGCUCUUUGGUCGGGAAAAUACGUAUGUUUCUGAAUGUUAAUGUAGGAUGUACAUUAAAUUUAUGUACGUUCUGCAGUUUAUACAAGAAAAUAUAUACGUUCUACAAUGAAGUA